UGUACCUGAGCUGAAUGUCGACUUCCUUAAGCAACGUCAUGACUUUACUUCCAACAAUUGGAAGCACAAUAGGAAAUAUAAAACCUCGUCGUCUUCUCUCUCAACGAUACUGAGUACUGACACGCUCCUAUCCGUUACAAAUUUACAAGAUGGCUUUGCCUUUGGUUAAGAAGCUCCAAGAUUGCGCGGACUACUCCCAAGUAAUCGAGCCAUACCUACCACAACUUUACGAACUCCCUAGGAAGCUAUACCAUACCUUGUUGACGCACGAAUCAAUUCUCGAAUUAUACAAAAAUACCAACCCGUUUAUUUCCGGGCUUGCGUUUUCGAUAUUUCUCGGUGUCAUCUUCUUAGUUGUGUCCGAAAUCAAUCGUAAUUACUCCCAGGUUGAUCGCAUGUGGAGUCUGUUGCCAACGAUAUAUCAUGCACAUUUUGCUGCUUGGUCUCACCUGAAUCAUCUUCCAAGCCGGAGGGUUGACCUUAUUUUGCUAUGGAGCGCAAUAUGGAGCGCUCGUUUGACGUUCAAUUACUUCCGGAAAGGUGGUUAUAACGUCGGAUCUGAGGAUUAUAGAUGGGAAAUAAUUCGCAGCAAAGUACACCCGGUACUUUUCUUCCUAUUCAAUAUCACCUUCAUCUCCUUCAUUCAGAGCAUAUUGCUUUUCCUUCUUGCAGCGCCAACAUACAUUAUCCUCCUAACUUCCAACUUUGAACUAGAGGUUACAGCAGCAGAUUUAGCUUUCACUACAAUUCAGAUCGGUCUCAUAGUAUCCGAAUGGUUUAGCGACCAGCAACAAUGGGACUACCAAUCAGCCAAGAAGGAAUACCAACAGACGGCAAAGGUGCCACGGGGCUGCGGUUUCACUCAGGAAGAGCUUGACCGAGGUUUCAUCACUUCUGGGUUAUGGGCUUUCUGCAGGCAUCCUAACUUUGCAGCCGAGCAGACUAUCUGGUUGACUCUAUACCAAUGGAGCUGUUACGCAAGCAAGACUUUCUACAGUUGGGCAGGUCUAGGCCCUCUAUUUUUAAUGAUGAUUUUUCAGGGAUCUACUUGGCUCACGGAACUAAUCAGUUCUGGAAAGUAUCCAGAGUACAAGUAUUACCAACAGCGAGUCGGGGCUCUCAUACCCAGCUUCACUUCAUACAAAACUCCGGAGAAGACGCCAAAGAUAAUUCGGACGAGCGAUUUAGCGAAGCGAAUGAAGGCAAAGCAAAAGUAAAAAGCCACCUCCAAUAACUACAUAGUAUGUAAUCAUUAGUGAGUAGGUGGCGUGGGAAGUAGGAGCCCAUGUGUGCAUACAACGACGGUCUCGCAUUCACAUCUGUUUGGCAGUCUACUGCAACGUGACGCAGGUGUACAACCCCAUCCGGGGCGCGAAAGCCUCAAUACGAUAAUCUAUUUGUCUUUCCCAAGAUGCGGGGGGAAGCGAGGGUGGAGGGGGGGGAGAUGUGUUGAUUUACCUAAUUCAUGGGGGUAGAUGGUUGAUCUUAGAUAGACCGUCUUUGUGCAGGACCUACCAUUUUAUUCAACAAAAUAACAAAAUAAUCUGUGGUCGGUCAACAAUUUCCCCUUCAAAUACAUUGCAGGUGAUGGUAUGCGGGCUGGCGCGCCCCUCAUGUAUGAUACCGGAAGAGACCAGGUUUGCUACGCAGGCCACGAUCCUACAGCCCCACCAUUGCUCGGACUCCCGAUAAGACCCAAUGCAAACGAUGAUGGCGGGUAUAGUAGCAUACGGAGGCGUCUCAUCGCAUACUUGCUUUGACGCCACUACUCGCUUCGUGACG